AUUCUGAAAAUGACCUCGAACGAAUCAAACUCUUUCAACUAGGUGUCUAUAUCUUGGGCUGCAAUAAGCCAGACAUCAUCUUGCGUUUCAUUGACUUUGUCCAAUUUAGAGGGGAAAAAAGAAAAGAAAAAAGAAUAUGGAUAGCUCCUUUGCUUUUCCCGAUAUGAUCAUAAGCACCAUAAGGUUGUCAAUGGUGAUUAUCAGGAAAGGCUAGAUCCCAGAUCUCUGAAAACAGCCAGGUCAAGCCAUGGAAAUAAGAGCUUUGUUCUUCUAUUUUCUCAUCUUCAUCAUCCCGUACUUCCUCACAAAGCAGCUCCUCCGACGAUACAAAAAUCUACCACCAAGCCCUUCCUAUUGCCUCCCCGUCAUAGGCCACCUACACCUCUUCAAGAAACCCAUCCACCAGGCCUUCGCUGACCUUGCCGACCGCUACGGCCCGGUCUUGUUCAUGCGAUUCGGGUCCCGACCCGUCGUCCUCGUCUCCUCACCCUCGGAUGCGGAAGAGUGCUUCACCAGGAAUGACCUCGUCUUUGCCAACCGCCCCCGGCUACUGGCGGGGAAACACCUCGGCUACAACUACACCACCCUCAUGUGGGCCUCCUAUGGUGACCACUGGCGCAACCUGAGACGCAUCGCUUCGGCGGAGUUAUUGUCCUCCCAUCGCCUGCACAUGUUCUACAGCAUCCGCGUCGAGGAGGUCAGAUCAUUGGUCGGUCGCCUUGUCCGAGCAUCAGAGAGCAAAGAGUUUGGUACCGGGGAUAUGAAAAUGAUGUUCUUCGAGCUGACACUGAAUGUCAUGAUGAGGAUGAUCACUGGGAAACGAUACUAUGGAGAGAAAUCGGAGGAAUUCGAGGAGGCCGUGAGGUUCAAGGAGAUCAUAAGAGAGACCUUCCAGCUAAGCGGGGCCACGGAUAUGGCCGAUUUCGUGCCGGUUUUGAAGUGGCUCGGUGUGAGCCGGACUGAGAAGAAGCUGGUCAUAUUGCAGGAAAAGAGGGACAGAUUCAUGCAGAAUCUGAUUGAAGAACACAGGACAACGAGGAGGCUUUCGAUGAGCGAAGCCACGAGCAAAACGAUGAUUGAUGUUCUACUGUCGCGCCAAGAAGCAGAAACGGAGUACUACACUGACGGAGUAAUCAGAGGAAUGAUUCAGGUCAUGCUAACAGCAGGGACCGAUACCAGCGCCAGCACGAUGGAAUGGGCUCUGUCUCUUCUCUUGAACAAUCCCGAGGCCUUGGCCAAAGCCCAAGCCGAGAUUGACGCUCGCACGGGACAGAACAGGCUGAUCGAGGAAUCGGACCUCGCCGAGCUCCCUUAUCUGCAAGCUGUCGUCACCGAGACGCUUAGAAUGUACCCGCCCGCUCCACUGAUUCCGCCCCACGAAUCAUCUGAAGAGUGCACGGUCGGCGGCUUCCGGGUCCCGCGCGGCACGAUGCUGUUGGUCAACAUAUGGGCCUUCCAGAACGAUCCGAAGCUAUGGGCCGAGCCCAGGAAGUUCAUGCCCGAGAGGUUCCAAGGCCUUGGAAUGGAAGGUAAUCUAGGGCUCGCGAUGUCUCCAUUCGGGGCGGGUAGGAGGGGAUGUCCCGGCGAGGCGCUCGCGAUGCGGAUGGUGGGUUUGGCGCUCGGGACGUUAAUUCAGUGCUUCGACUGGAAAAGGGUGGGAGAAGAAAUGGUCGACAUGAGCGGAGGGACAGGCCUCAUCAUGCCCAAAGCUCAACCGCUGAUCGCGAAGUACCGACCACGUAAAACCAUCUCACGCCUGAUUUCUCAGUGUCGUGACUAGCGAAUGUGGAUUCUACUAAACGUUUGUUCAUUGAAAAUGUUGUUGCCUAUGUUAAAAAAUGUGCAUUUCAAACUUAAUUGGGUUAGUAUGUGUUUUGC